UAUGUAUUCGUAUUGUUUAUAAACAGAAGCACGUGUGUCUUGUGUUGUGUAGACUGUUGCAGUUUGUUUCUUUUAAUUUCGUUUAGAAAGCUCUAAACUAUUAAUUGAUAAAAUGCCAGACAAAAUAAGUAUCUACGAUGUAGGAGAUCACUAUGAUCCUUCGGAAUCAGAAGGCGAGUAUGAUGAGCGAGAAAAAAAGCUGCUGAAAAAAAUACGCGACAAGAAGCGGGCUCAAAACACCGAUGAAGAAGAGGAAGUUCUGGGUUUUGACGACGAGGAAGAUGACGAUGAUGAACAGGUAGAUGAAGAGGAAGAUGAGGAUGAUGAUUUUGAUGAAAUUCAAAAAUUUGAACAUGAUAGCGAUAUCGAAGAUAAAGAGGAAGACGAUGAUUUACCGGAUCGGAAAGCGUGGGGAUCGAAGGCCAGAAGUUUCUACGGUACCGAUUAUGUAGAUCAGGAUUACGAUAGUUUAACCGCGCAGGAAGAAGAAAGAGCCCGCCUGGAGGAGAUUGAGGCGAGAGAAAUUCAACAGCGAUUAGCAAAAGAGCUAAACGAAGCAGAUUUCUCUCUUGAUGUGUUUGUCACGGAACAAGAGCCGGAAACCCCCUCGGGCAAGACGUCAAAAAAGAAAAAGAAGGAAAGUAUAGAAAUAAAAUUAAAAACCGACUUGUCCGACUUGAGCGAUCGCCAGAAAAGAGAACUUUUCAGAAAGGAAGCUCCGGAGUUUGAUGGACUGGUGGAUGAUUUUGAAAAGAAUUUACAGGAGUGUCAUGAAGUGCUUGAACCGGUUUUAGCCUACCUAUCGGAACGGAAUAUCACUGAUCAUCCAUUUGUGAGGCUUUUAAAAACUAGAUACGAUUUGAGUUUGAACUAUUGCAGUAACAUCAGCUUCUACCUACUGCUCAAAGCUAAAAAAGCAAAGAUUCAAAAUCACCCGGUAGUUAAACGAAUGGUUCAAAUGAAACAGCUAUUGCUAGAACUGGAGCAAAAAUAUGAUAACACAGUUAAAUCGCAAGUGGAAACCAUCCUGCAGCACAUAGCUUCGGGCGAAGAGUUAACAAUCGAAGAUGCUGUUGAAGAUCAACAAAAGGCGGAGCAGCCCAAAAAGAAGCUGUCUAUGCUGAAAUCGUUGGAAGAAAACGGAUUCGGACAGGAAUCAGACGGUUCCGAAUCGGAGGAAAAUGAAGAUGAGCAUCCACAAGCUGCGAAAAAAGUUCGUCUGGAGAGUACUUCCGAAGAGGACGAACAGGAGGCAGAAGAAGAGACCGAGCAAACUGGAGAUACCAAACGGAAAAUCACCUACCAGAUGGCUAAAAACAAAGGUCUUACACCACACAAGAAGAAGGAUGAGCGCAACAUACGGGUCAAGAAUCGCCGUAAGUUCCAGAAGGCAUUGGUGCGACGAAAGGGAACCAUUCGGCCGGUACGAACCGAAACCACUCGGUAUGCUGGCGAGACCAGCGGUAUUAAGGCUUACGUUAAGAGGAGCAUCAAAAUUAAGUAACACUCUUGUGGCAAUUCAUAUUUUUUUAUUUUCGUUACUUCUCAAGUAAUUACUGUUCUUAGAAAAAUAUAAUGGUAUGAAACACGGAAAACAUUUACUUAACGGUAA